CCGCCCUCCGAGUUCAUGCAGGUGGCGGAUUCGACCUGGCUGGUGCUCAGCGUGGUCUCCAAUGGCCGGGCACCCUCCGGCUGCCAGGCAGUCACCAAGAUCGCCAGGUCGGUCAUCGCGCCGCUGGCUGAGCACCACGUCUCGGUGCUGAUGCUCUCCACCUACCAGACUGACUUCAUCCUGGUGCGGGAGCGGGAUCUGCCGGUGGUGAUCCACACGCUGGCGGGGGAGUUUGACAUCUACAAGGAGGAGAGUGGCGAGUGUGUCCCUGUCACCUGCGACGACGUGAGCAAUGGCUUCCUCAAGCCCAAGCCGGCCGCCAGCCCCACGCUGCACCCCGUGCAGAGCCCCCAGACCCGCUUCUGCGUCCUGACCGUGGCCCCCGACACACUGCCCGCCAUUGCCACCAUGCUCAUCGACGUCCUCUUCUACUCCCACAGCCCCCCGAGAGAGGCUGGCGCCGGCAGCCAGGACCUCGACUCCAUCACCUUCUUUGCCUUCUCCCUCAUUGAGGGCUACAUCUCCAUCGUGAUGGAUGCAGAAACCCAGAAGCGGUUCCCGAGCGACCUGCUGCUGACCAGCUCAACGGGGGAGCUGUGGCGGAUGGUGCGGAUCGGCGGGCAGCCCCUGGGCUUUGGUGAGU